AAGGGGAUGGCGUGAGCCCAGUUAGCGCAGGAUCCCCGCACCCCCAGUCACCGGAUCACACGGCAGCAGCUGGUCCCAGGUGCUAUUUUCACUCUGCAUUUAUAAAGCGGUCGCCAUGAAACAGACACAGGAGCAGAGCCAGUCCCAGAUCCCAACUCAUUCCCCCGCCUUAGACACCCAGCCAGGUCCACCAUGAAGUCCACAGGGAGCGAACAGGGUGCCGCGCCGGACGGUUUCCCCUCCGACUUGGACGAACUGGAUAGCGGAAGCGAGGAGAGCUCCGACAACAAGUCGACGGGCAGCGGCUGUAGCCCCCAGGGAGGGGGCCGGGAGGGGGCCAGGCAGAGGGAGAGGGGGUGCAGCAGGCGUCUGCAGGGCGUCAGCAAACAGAGGCAGGCAGCCAAUGCGCGGGAGCGGGACCGGACCCACAGCGUGAACACGGCCUUCACCGCGCUGCGCACCCUCAUUCCCACAGAACCAGCCGACAGGAAACUGUCCAAGAUCGAGACGCUGCGCCUGGCGUCCAGCUACAUCUCCCACCUUGCCAACGUGCUGCUGCUGGGGGACAAGUGUUUGGACGGACUGCCCUGUCUCGGGUACCACAGUAUCCUGCAGAGCAGCACCAACAUCAACAGCAGCAGCCCCCCACUCAGGCCCAUAUGCACUUUCUGUCUCAGUAACCAGAGGAAAAUGCUCAGAGAUGGAGGAAAGCACACAGCCAUCUGACAUGGUCACGCACUACUGUCAAAACAAGGAUGCAACGAGGAUGCAUACCAAGUCACACGGAUGUUUACAUGUACCUAAGAGUGGGAAAAAAACUUUAACUUUGUACAUAUUUUUUGCAAAAUUCUUAGGACAAAACCCCCCCCACUGAAAUGCACUUUCCGUUCACUAUAUGUGGGUCUUUUCCACCGUGUUUUGGUAAAAUUGGAAAUCGAAAUCAAUGUGUAAGGCUCCACCUGACAGUGGGCUAUUUCGGUAUCAGAAAUAGUAAGCCGUAGUGUCGCGCUCCUAAAAAACAGUCUCGUCUCCCCCGUGCAGCCAGUCACAUGGUUGUAACCCAAGCCUAGGCAGUGCAGCGUUUCGUCGGUGGAGUAGCGGACUGGUUAGCUCUCCUGGCUGAUUCAUCUUUUGCCAACUGAAGAGAGGGUGACGUGCUUGACAAUUAUGAAUUCUAACUGCCAUUCAAACUCAAUUCAAUAGUUCCAAAUAUACUUUGGUAGCAGUAAUAUUUAAAUGAAUCUUAACCAGGAUAGUACACUUAAUUUAAAUGGGGGAGGCAAAACAAUAUACAAAAUGUGCUUGAAUCCAAAUAUGAAGUGUUAUAUGUAGGCCCCACCUGCUAGCAGAGCAGAAGCAACCAGACUUGGUGUUUAGAAACUUUACCACAACGUCAAGUCAUAUUCCAUGUCAAAUGUAACAUGGUGUAGAUCAAAAGAAAACGUAACAUACAUAUUAAACACUCAUUUUGGGAGCUCAAUGCUAUACAUUGAGAAAUGUUUACUUGCAUGUAUUGCACACGCCUUUUCACAAUCCACAAACACAAUAGUUCUGCAUAUGUUUGUGCAGUAUUGGUUGCACCUUUGAAGGCCCAAUGCAACUGUUUUUAUAUAAUCAAAUAAUUUAUAGUUAACAAAAUACCUUACUGUAAUAUAUUCCACACCAAACAUUUUUUUAAAGCUUUUUAGCACAAAACUUUUUCAAGCAAGAAUUUUUGCUAGGACUGUCUGGGAGUGGUCUGAGUGGGAAGGGUAAACUGACAACUAGCCAUUAUUGGAAGAGGGGUUUGGAACUCUUAUUGGUCAUGGUCUAUUAACCAAUUAACCACAUGGUGAUGUCACCAUGGAAAGCCAAAACUCACACCCAUGGAAACCUGCUGAUCAGAAGGGCCUGUGUAGAUUGUAUUUUCAACCAGCAACUAUCAGGAAAUAACACUAAUCAAAUGUUUUCACACUUUUACAGUGUUGGUUUCAGCCAUUUCACAAUAUAAUUUAAAAGGCAGGAACAUAAUUGACUGCACUGAUUUGGGUAUAUAAUAAAUUACUUCAAAAUCAUGCAAAAUAAAAAUACAAUCAUAUUUGGAUGAAUUAUCCAAAACAAAUAACGAUAUUGCACACUGACUGCAAUACACUUUUACCGCAAUGAAGACCUCAAUGUAUUAAAUUAAUAGAAUUAUAGGCCUACCUCCAAGUCUAUUGUAAUGUGUAACAUUGUUGUAAACAUACUUGAAUUUCUCCUAACUUAUGUAAGACAAUUGUCCUCUUCACAUAGCAACCAAUGAGAAGCUGUUUGAAGGAGAAAAAUGCAUUUUUGUACAAGAAGUAAAAAAAAACAUUUGACUUGUAAACACAAUCAUUAAACUACUUUCAAAAUAAAUAUUAUUUGACUGAUGAGUUGAAUGUGCAUGUAAAAUACCUUCUUAGGACAAGUUUACACAGAGUCCGAUUCUGAACU